AUGCUGUUUGCAGUGCACCUUACAAUCAUUCAGUUCGUUGAGUCAGUUGCCGAUACCGAGAAAUCAAACAACCCUACUGUCGCCGAAGUCAAAUUGGGUGUUGACCCAGAUUGGAACCAAAUUCCAAUUGGUGUCGCAGUUGACGAUCAUCGCCCCAAUCAAUAUGAUCCUCGUUUAAUUCCUCCACCUCCCGAAAUUGACGGUGACUUUCCGAAUCCCGAUUACUACUAG